AUGCUUUCCAGCUCUUGGGAGCUCAAGAAACAUGAUGACGGUUUGCGUCGUAAUCUCUUCAAAGGACUUUCACGGAUAUUGUUAGAUAUUGCCAAAGUUCCGGUGCCGCUGAUCGGCUCAUUUGUCAUUGAUGACAAUGGCUUUUUGGUGUUGAGCAACAGGCCACUUUCGCCAAUAAUUACUGAGAUGGAGGGAAGGCAGAUUCCGGUUGAUAUACCCAGGAAUAUGACUUACUCCUCAGUUGACUCCUAUGUUACCGAUACCCUUGCAAUUCAUGACAGCCGUUUUACCCACCAACCAAAUGCCCUCACAGACAGGACCGACGGUGCUUUUCAGGCGGCUGCUUUGACAACUAUGAGAACAGUGGCUGCCUGCUUCUUCAAACGCGAACUCCGUCGGGGCCCCUUUGUCUAUGUUCUGAAUGAUCUCCACCAGAGCAAUAUUCUUGUUGAUGAGGAUUGGAAUAUCUCAUGCCUUAUUGACCUGGAGUUCGCCUGUUCACAGCCGAUUGAGAUGUUGCACCCGCCCCAUUGGUUCACAAAUCGCUUUGUGGAUCAGAUCGAUGCGGAUCACUUUACAUCGGUCCAUGGAGAGUUUAUGGCUAUCAUGGAGCAGCAAGAAAGGGACCUUUACCCCGAGACACCGAUAUCUGUUUUCAAAUUAUUAUAA